UCCCUUCCCAGAUGCUGGCGCUGCUGGGGCUGCUGCUGUUCCUGGUGCCUGCGCAAGCCCUGACUGCCUUCCCCCCAAAGUUCCAGGCGGGGAAGCUGAGCCAGGACGUGGUGGUGCGAUGUGACACCUCAGAGCAGCACGUCUCCUGGACACUGAACGGGGACGAGGAGCCCAUGGCAGAGCUGGUGCCUGAGGGCCAGAAGCUCACCAUCCUGGGCUUGGACCUGCCAGCCACGGGCAACUACAGCUGCUGGGCUGGCCCUGUGCUGCUGGACAGCACCUACGUGGUGCUCAGCAACACCCGUGAGGAGGAGAUCAACGUGUCCUGCCAGGCUGAGUCCUACAACGGCUCCUUCCACUGCUCCUGGCCCGGGCCCGCCUCUGCCAUCUUCCGUGCCUGCCUCAUCCGCAGCGACGGCGCCGUGGGGCCCUGGGUGCCCGUGGCCGGUGGGCAGGGCCGCUUCAACGCCAGCCUGGCAGAUCCCCUGUUCUGCCCCUUCGGCGAGGAGCUGCGCCCGCUCCAGCUCCACCUGGAGGGGCUCUCGGACACCUCCUACCUCAACCUCUCCCGGCACUUCUUCCUCCGCGAUAUCGUGCGUCCCGAGCCGCCCCAGGAGCUGAUGCUGCAGCAGCGGGGGGAGCAGCUCCAGCUGGCCUGGGCCCCCCCGGCCUCCUGGCCGCUCCCCAAGUCCUACUUUGCGCUGCUCUACCACCUGCAGUACGAGCUCCACAACGGCACCCAGGUUGAGCAGUUCGUGGAGGGCGCGGAGGAGGCGCCGGUGCCGGCGGGAGCGGGGCGGGUGCGGAUCAGCUGCCGGGACCCCUACUCGCCCCCGGCCUGGAGCCCCUGGAGCGCCUGGAUGGGCCUCGGUGCACCCCAAUAACUGCGGCUUGGAGGGUGCUGACCCCACAGCCGGGCACCUCCUGUCCCCAGAACCCCCUUCCCUUUACAGCUCGGAAAAGGAAUUUUCCCCCUAAUAGAAC